UAAAAAUACCAAGAGGAAGAGCAGCAGCAAAACACGGAACAACUUUACGCUAGCAAGUUAGCGUAAUGAGAAAGAGCAUCCUGCGGUCUAGUAACAUAACGACUUUGUUCACUUCAACCAGGCCGUGUUUGCUGACAGCUGGGGCGGAGACUUUCAAAUAAUAUGAAUUUGCUUUAAAAAAAAAAAAAAAACAGCGGCUAUAUUACAUAACAAUGUUUAGCAGGUCGUAUCAGCUGCUCCCUCAGAGGGACACCACCGCUCCGAGGACUUCUGGCCUGUUUGUGGACACUGACAGCUUCUCACAGCCCCGCUACCACAAAGGACUUUCAUUUGACUACAUCCCCAAUGUUUCUCAAAACGACUUCACCGAUACCUCCCAGGGAUGGCUGUCCUGGAUUUGCAACCUAGUUGUCAUCUUUCUCGUCUACAUGUGCACCUUCAUAACCUUCCCUAUAACAGGAUGGUUUGUACUGAAAACGGUUCCUAACUACCAGAGGAUAGCAGUGUUUCGUCUGGGGCGAGUUUGUCCUCCGAAGGGCCCCGGUAUUGUCCUUCUGCUUCCCCUCAUUGACCAGUGGCAGAGAGUGGACCUGCGCACACGUGCUUUUAACAUCCCUCCUUGCCAGGUGACCACUCGGGAUGGCGGUGUGUUGUCAGUGGGAGCAGACAUCCAGUUCAGGAUCUGGAACCCCGUCAUGUCAGUAGUAUCAGUCCAGGACCUGAACGCCUCAACCAGGAUGACAGCACAGAAUGCUUUGACCCACAGCCUGGCCAAGAAGACUGUCCGGGAGGUGCAAACUGAGAGGGUUAAACUGGGAGAAUAUCUCAGGAUGGACAUUAAUGAGAUGACUCAGCCCUGGGGGUUGGAGGUGGACAGGGUAGAGCUUACCCUGGGCUCUCUCCUGAAAGCUCCAGAAGAAGCCCCCUCUGGGCCCCUCAUCAUACCUCCCUCUGUGCAUGGACUGGAAGGCAUCACUGGCCCCAUUCAGCAGUUGGCCAUGCACUUUCUAAGCCACAGUGGCAGUUCACAGCCUCAACAAGAAGACAGCAUAACCUUUACAAAUGAGCUCAGCAGUGUCCCCCAGGCUGUUGUGGCCACACCAGGUUCUGUUGAAGAGCUGCUUGGCAGGGUCAAGGUCCUGCUUUCUGAAACUUUGGUUAAACAGGUUGGGGCCUGUUUCCAGUUUGACAUCAGCUCGGGAGAUGGACAAAAUCAAAGUUAUUAUGUGGAUUUAAGCCAAGGCAGCGGCGCAGUUGGAGCAGGGUCCUUGUGCCGAGAGGCUGAUGUGACACUGAGUAUGAGUGACAGUGACCUUCUGGCCAUGUUCCAGGGCGGGCUACGACCAUUUGCUGCAUACACCAGUGGCAGACUUAAAAUGCAGGGAGACAUUAAGACUGCCAUGAAGCUGGAGGAACUCAUAAAGCUACUUAAGAAAUAGUGGUCAUGUAAAAUUUGUAUAUCUAUUUAUUAAAUCCUUAAUUUUAAGUGUAAA